GGCAUAGCUAUGAUGGCAGCUGUGGGCUGACAUCGAUACAUUUCUGAAUAUAAACUAUUCAAAAGUUAGCGAUAAAACCCCGACACAAUAGCGUUGAACACAUAAACAAAGUCAGAUUGCACACACCUUAAACACGCACCUGCCCGGUCUGGGAAACGGUGGCACUAUGCCCGCAGCUACUGUGGAUCACAGCCAAAGAAUAUGUGAGGUUUGGGCCAACAACCUGGAGGAGGAGCUGAAGAGAAUUCGAAAUGUCAUCCGAAAAUACAACUAUAUUGCUAUGGAUACAGAGUUUCCAGGUGUAGUUGCCAGACCAAUUGGAGAGUUCAGAAGCAACGCGGACUAUCAGUACCAGUUACUGCGCUGUAACGUGGAUUUGCUCAAGAUAAUCCAGCUAGGCCUCACAUUUAUGAACGAACAAGGGGAAUAUCCUCCAGGAACAUCAACUUGGCAGUUCAAUUUUAAGUUUAACCUUACAGAAGACAUGUAUGCACAGGACUCCAUUGAGCUCCUGACCACUUCAGGGAUUCAGUUCAAGAAGCAUGAGGAUGAAGGCAUUGAGACGCUGUACUUUGCAGAGCUGCUGAUGACAUCAGGAGUGGUGCUCUGUGAUGGGGUCAAGUGGCUCUCUUUUCACAGUGGCUACGACUUUGGAUACCUGAUCAAGAUUCUGUCCAAUGCUAACCUGCCUGAGGAGGAGGUGGACUUCUUUGAGAUUCUUCGCUUGUACUUUCCAGUCAUUUAUGAUGUCAAGUACCUUAUGAAGAGUUGUAAAAACUUGAAGGGUGGGCUGCAGGAAGUUGCUGAGCAGCUGGAGCUAGAAAGGAUUGGACCACAGCAUCAGGCCGGCUCUGACUCUUUACUCACAGGCAUGGCUUUCUUCAAGAUGAGAGAGAUGUUUUUUGAGGAUCAUAUCGAUGAUGCAAAGUACUGUGGGCACUUGUACGGGCUCAGCUCUGGCUCAGCCUACGUCCAGAACGGAACAGGGAAUGCUUACGAAGAGGAGGCAAACAAACAGCAGUCGUGACAUCACUCUGAAACCUCCCAUUAUGCGGUUCACACACAAAAUCUGUGUGACACUGAAGCAGGCUUUUACCAACUGGAUGAUGAUAAUGGAAGAAAAAAAAAGACAUCAUUUAGCAAACUGCUUCUCAUAGCCUCUUCUCACUGUAGACAACUGAAUAUGAUGGUCAAAAAAUUUCAGCUGUCCUCACACAUGCCUCUGCUAGCUGCAUGUGGGUGUGAGAGAGUUUAGUCUUUUAAUCCUAUAAAGCAGUUUAGGCAGCCUGGUUGUAUCAGUUCAAUUUAACAUGCUUGAAAAAAUGGGAUUUUAGUUUUCCAGAAACUGUUCUGUAGACAUGUUUUGCACUUUAAAGCUCUAACCUGAUUUUAUAUGGAAAGCUGAAAAUGUUUCUGGUGUCUCCUCUUUGUUGCCUUCUCUAUGUUCCUAUUUCACAUUGUGAACAUAUAAAACUUUAAAUUCACUACCAGAACUCUCACCACAUUCAGCCUUAAUAUAAGCUGCAUUCUUGUCUUUUAAACUUUAAUUUAUUGUUCCGCUUAUCUGAUAUUUGAAAGCUGCCCUGAUUAACACUAAUAAGAAGGCGGCCCUGUUCAUUUUUCUGUGUAAUGAUGAGAAAGGGAGUUCUCAGUGAGUGUGUUUACCUCCACAUAAAUAUCUCAUUAAAGGGUUUCUUCCACUUUGUAUAUUUAAUGUUAAUGCUGAUUCAGACCAAAUAAUAUCUAACCCCACAUGUUAACAUACAAGAUCCUACAAAAAUUGAUUUAGUUUCAUUUCUAGUGACUGAUUUUCACUUUGAAUGCAUGACAAUAUGCAGAGGUCUGAUUCCAAGGUUUAUUUACAAUAUGUACUAAAGCAUUUAAAGUUCUAUUGGGGGAAUGUGGAUAUUUUGUGCAUGUGAACACCCUCAUUGACACAAGCACACAUUAACAACAAUGCAUCACUUUUCUACAAGGUCUUAUUUAAAACAAAUUUACCAGACCAUUUAAAGCAUUGAAACACUGACCUGCUGUAGGACAUGCUGAGGUUGCCCUGAACUACUCUAUAGAGAGUAAAUUUUCAUUUUGAACUGAAACUACAGUUUGUAGAGUUUUAGUGUUGUAAUAAAAGAAUAAACUUUUAUUCACAAGAAGGAAAAAA